UUUUUUUUUUUCUCAGCCCUGCGAAGAAUUUGUCAGGUAAGUUGUUCAAUGGCGGCAGCGGAUGUUGAAUUCAGAUGCUUCGUCGGUGGUUUGGCUUGGGCGACCACCGAUUAUUCGCUGGGGCAAGCAUUCGCUCAGUACGGUGAAGUCUUAGAAUCGAAGAUUAUUAACGAUCGGGAGACAGGAAGGUCCAGGGGAUUCGGAUUCGUGACCUUUAGGGACGAGCACGCGAUGAGGGAUGCGAUCGAGGCAAUGAACGGCCAGGAUCUCGACGGCCGCAACAUCACUGUGAACGAGGCUCAGUCACGUGGAGGAGGAAGUAAUGGCGGUGGAUUCCGCGGUUCUCGUCGCGACGGUGGCGGUUAUGGAAACAGCGGCGGCGGCGGCAGCUAUCCCCGGCGGGAUGGUGGCUAUGGAGGCAGCGGCAGUUACGGCGGCGGACGUCGUGAGGGUGGAUUUGGAGGCGGUCGGCGAGGCGGUUAUGGCAGCGGCGGCGAGCGUGGAUACUCCAGGGGCGGCGGAGGCACGGCGGCGUACGGAAACUGGAGAAAUUGAAGGAGGUUUUUGAGUGGAGCGUAAUGAUUAUCGUUCCACUUUCUUUCUAUCAUCACUCUCUCUGUGAAAUUGAAAAUCAAUGGUUGGUGUUGCUUACUCUUUGUGUUGUGUUGUGUUCUGAAAACCUUCUAACAGCUGCUCACUCAACUCAUAUGCUAACAGACACUAUCUAUAAUUGGAAAAACUUUA